UCGGUCUUUUCGCCAAAUCGCCAUCAUGGGUCGUAUGCACGCUCCCGGAAAGGGUAUCUCUGCCUCAGCACUUCCAUACAGACGAAGUGUGCCAACAUGGCUGAAACUGUCUUCAGAUGAUGUGAAGGAACACAUCCAAAAGAUGGCCAAGAAGGGUCUCACUCCAUCACAGAUCGGUGUGAUGCUUCGUGACUCCUACGGAGUAGCUCAGGUACGCUUCGUCACCGGUAACAAGAUCCUCAGAAUCCUGAAGGCCAAGGGUCUGGCUCCAUCUCUCCCAGAGGACCUCUACUCUCUGAUCAAGAAGGCUGUCGCCGUACGCAAACAUCUCGAGAGGAACCGCAAGGACAAAGACUCCAAGUUCCGUCUUAUCCUGAUCGAGAGCAGGAUCCACAGAUUGGCCCGAUACUACAAGACCAAGCGUAUCCUUCCUCCAAACUGGAAAUAUGAAUCAUCAACGGCCUCAGCCCUCUUGGCUUAAGGAGAUGACCUUGUGUUGACCUUGAGUGUAGGAGCUAAGAGUAUGUACAUGUACAGGUAGUAAUAAACCAGACCAAGAUCAAACGGUUAAA